AACAAUUGUCACUAAUUUAGAUUUUAACGUGAUUAUUUAGGUUUUUAAUAAAAUCGUGCUACUUACUAAUUUACAUUAUGGUCAAUUGUUGUUUCUUAGUGUUGCAAAAUAUUACCUUUCAAGAACAAUGCUUAUGAAAAUUACUUAAGUUUUAGUAUUAAUAUGUACAUAAUUUGUUCAAUUGCUCAAAUACUUACUUUUGCUCAUUUACAAUGGAAAAACAACAUCGAGAGUUAAUCAACAAUAAUAUGUCAGAUUUAGUAUACUUUACAUCUAAUGUUGAAGCCAUUGUAAAUAAUUUACUUGAGAAAAAUAUAAUUAAUAAAUGGAUGAAAGAUUAUGUUUUGCGACCUAAGGAAACAAAACUUCAAAAACGUAAUCUAUAUAAAGUGAUUCAAGGACGUGGACCUAAAGCAUUUUCAGCUCUUUGUAGAACAUUGGAAGAUACCUCUAAUAUAACAGCUCGCAACAUCAUAUUAUCUUCAAAAUCAAGCAUCGAAACUACUGAAUAUAAGUCAGAUGAUUUAUUAAACAAUGAAAUAAGUAAUAUUGAUUUAAAUAAUGUUAAGCCGUAUGUCAAGAUUCAUCCUCAACGUCGACGCAUGGAUGUAAAUGAUGAAAAUUUACCUAUCAGAGCCUAUCCUAUGGGAUCAAAUCCAAAAGGUUAUGCAUUAAUUCUCAAUAUAAACAAAAUUAUAAAUAAGGAAGAAAGAACUGGUUCAAAUGUAGAUGUUGCAAGUUUAAUGCAAUUAUUUAAAGGUCUUGGAUAUGUUAUUGAUCUGAAAGUAGAUUCAACUGAAAAAGAAUUGAAGGAAAUUAUAAAACAGUUUGUUGAAAACUGCAAUAAGGCAAAAAUUGAUUCUAUUGUGGUUUUUAUUAUGAGUCAUGGUGAAGCUGGAAAAGAUUCUACCAGAUCAUCAGAUAUACUUACUGCAGAUGGAGUUAGAUUUAAUACAGAUUGGUUAGUUGAACAAUUUGAACCCAACAAAUCUAAAAGAAAUGUACCAAAAUUGUUUUUUGUACAAGCAUGCCGGGGAGGUAAUAGUGAUCAUGGAUGGAAAUCAUUUGAUAAUGGUAAUAAUCAAUUACAGAAUGAUAGUACUACCACUACUAUUAAUUCUUCUAUUGGACAUAUUGUCAACCGACGAUAUGAAAAUGUAUUUAUAGCUAACGCCACUGUACCUGGGUAUAAUGCUAAACGUGAUCCUGUAGAGGGAUCAUGGUUUGUACAAAAAUUGUGUGAAGUAAUUAGUGAAAAUGCUUGGGAAUUAGAUUUGAACUCAAUGAUGAAAAUGGUGGACACAGAAGUUAGAAAGCUGAACAGUGUAGAGCAUGGAUUUCAAACAACUGAGUGGACAUAUAGAGGCUUCAAUAAGAAGUUUUACUUCAAUCCGGGUCUGUACGAUGAUAAUUCUGACCAAUAAACAAAUAAAGACUAUUUAAACAUACCUACUGAUUA